UAAGAUAACAUAUCAGCGGUGUCUCUACAAAUUUGGAUUAAUGACGUACACAAAGCAUACAAGUCGAUGUGAAAAUUUGUAGUCUUCCAUCCCCAAUCAGUUAUUGGAAUUUUGUCAAAGUGAAAAGACAGAAUAAAUUAAUAAUCUAAAAUGCUGACCCAUUUUGCUGGAAAUAUUUUCUGCACAGUGGAGCCUGGGCAUAUUUUUGCAAUUGGUGGAAAAACUCUCGAUGGAGCAUCCAGGGUGGAUAUUAAUUUAACAUCCGGGAAAGGUGAAGGAGCUCCAAUUCCGCUCACAAUAUCAGUUCGUUUCCAUGAGGAUAUUAUCGUGAGGAAUACCUCACAUGAAGAUGGAUCAUGGGGUGUGGAAGAGCGUGAAGAUAACUUGGAUACAUACACUGUUCCAAAUCCUCUACUUGCAGGUGAAAGUUUCAAAGUUUAUAUUCUCGUGGGAGACACGAAAUUUCAUAUCGCCAUCAAUGGAUGUCGUUACUGCACCUACAUGUUCCGCACACCGCUAGAGGAUAUCCGGGCAAUUACGGUAAAUCACGACAUUCAAGUUGUGAAUCAGGUGGAUCACAGACAAGCCUUCCCAUCGCCCUACCCACCCGUGCAAUUCGAUGAAGCCCAAUUAGCCUUCACCAAUGAUGUUCCCAAACCCUUCUCCGCGGGUCACGUAAUAGUCAUCACGGGGAUCCCCUAUGGGAACCCUAAGGGGCUCUUCAUUAUACGAUUUACCGAAGGGGAGACUAAGAAGCAGGGACUCCAUUUUAAUCCACGAUUUGAAGCACGAGUUGUCGUGAGGAAUUCCUUGAAUGAUAACUUAACGUAUGCUACUGAAGAACGCGACGGUGAUUUCCCUUUUGUAAUUGAUCAGCAAUUUAAAUUGGCAAUUGGAUUCACUCCAAGUGAAUUCAGAUUUGCCGUAAAUGGAAAUUACUUUGGGAAAUUUUCAUAUCGAUCAUCCAACCUUCUGGACAGAUUGAAUGGCUUCAAAGUAAGCGUGGGGAAUGGCCUACAACUGGAGAUUACGAGUGUAGAUCACAUGAAUAUGGGUAUUUUGGAUUGUAGUGGAUUUGAGGAAUAUUCCCGGCCAGACGUUAUUAUCAUGUGAAAACCUCUUUUUUUGUUAAUCAAUGAACAGUUAGUUAGUUAGAAUGUUUGCUUUUGACUUACAUU